CUAGUGUGCUGUCAUGUGACAAGCCAAACAGAGGGAAUUAUUUUCAAAGAAUUUGUGUUAUUGAUAAGGUCGCUGCAAUAUUAAGAACACACUUCCCUCAGUCGAUAUGGCAGAUGACUUGAAGAGAUAUUUGUAUAAACAGUUGCCAAGCAUUGAAGGUCUGCACGCGAUCGUAGUGACAGACAGAGAUGGAGUCCCAGUAAUUAAAGUUGCUAAUGACAACGCUCCAGAAUAUGCACUGCGGCCGGGGUUCCUCUCCACAUUUGCUCUGGCCACAGAUCAAGGCAGUAAACUGGGCCUGUCCAAAAACAAGAGCAUCAUCUGCUACUACAACACAUAUCAGAUUGUGCAAUUUAACCGGUUACCCCUGGUCAUCAGUUUCAUUGCAAGCAGUAAUGCCAACACAGGUUUGAUCAUCAGUUUGGAGAAGGAGUUGGUUCCACUAAUUGAGGAACUCAGGCAGGUGGUGGAGGUCGCCUAGGAAACAGUCUGUGUAGCGACCACCAGAUUGUUCCAACACAGAAUCGACACAUACCUGGAUCAGGAUGAGAGAACCACACUUGCACCUUUGGAUGACAUUACAAUUCCUCAUGUGGUCUCUUACACACAGACACACACA